AUGACGACAGAAGCAUCCAACACAGAUGCGAAGCCCUCUGAUAUUCUGAACGGGGACGUGACCUUGCCUGCUGGCCGGGCGGAAGGCUCAUUAGAUCCGGAGUCAGAUGAGGAUGUCCCUGUCGAGGCGGACGAACUGAAGGAGGCGCUAGGACGACCCCCGCCGGUGAACAGCAGCUACCUCCCUCUUCCUUGGAAAGGGCGGCUUGGAUAUGCCUGUUUGAACACCUACCUGCGCUACUCGACCCCACCCGUCUUCUGUUCCCGAACGUGCCGCAUCGCAUCCAUUUUGGAGAAUAGACACCCACUCCAAGACCCCGAGCAGCCUCCACACCCUACCAAGAAUCGACCAGACCGAAACCAGCCCGCGGAUGUGGCACGAGGUCAGGCCUUUGUUGAGUCGCUAGGCUUAGCUAACGCGCGUGACCUCGUGAAGCUCAUACGCUGGAAUGACAAAUAUGGAAUCAAAUUCAUGCGACUCAGCAGUGAGAUGUUCCCCUUCGCCAGCCAUAAAGAGUACGGUUAUAAACUGGCGCCGUUUGCCGCUGAGGCAUUGGGCGAAGCUGGACGAGUGAUUGCAGAACUCGGUCACCGAGCAUCCGUUCAUCCCGGUCAAUUCACCCAGCUAGGCUCGCCUAAGAGGGAAGUAGUUGAAAGCUCAUACCGUGAUUUGGAAUAUCACUCCGAACUGCUGCAGCUGCUCAAGCUGCCUCCUCAGCAAGAUCGCGAUGCGAUCAUGAUUCUGCAUAUGGGAGGAGUCUUUGGCGACAAGGCCGCGACCCUGGACCGGUUCCGGGAAAACUAUGCUGUCUUAUCCCAGGAUAUCAAGAACCGACUGGUUCUAGAAAAUGAUGAUGUCAGCUGGACUGUGCAUGAUCUGUUGCCUGUUUGCGAGGAACUCAAUAUUCCUCUGGUCCUCGACUAUCACCACCAUAAUAUCCUUUUCGAUGUGAACGAAGUUCGCGAGGGGACACAGGACAUCGUCGCUCUUUACGACCGCAUCGCGGCUACCUGGUCCCGCAAGAACAUCACACAGAAGAUGCACUACUCGGAGCAAACUGCUCCUGCCAUCACACCUCGCCAACGUCGCAAGCAUAGUGAUCGAGUGGCCACCCUACCACCCUGUGCGCCUACCAUGGAUCUCAUGAUUGAAGCCAAGGACAAGGAGCAAGCCGUGUUUGAACUGAUGAGGACGUUUAAGCUCCCCGGCCAUGACCUCUUCAACGAUAUCAUUCCAUAUACACGGACAGACGAAAACAAGCCAUUCAAGCCGCCCAGGAAAUCGAAAAAGAACGGUGGCUUUGUUGAUCUGGAAGGCUCUGUUCCGCCACCUCGCACCAUUCCUGACGAGGAAGUUGGCAUGGGUGGCCCAGAAAGAAGAGUCUAUUGGCCCCGCGGAAUGGAAGAAUGGCUUCGGCCAGCAAAGAAGGUUCCAAAGCCCAAGGCUUCUCCUAGCCCAAGGAAGAUGAAGAUUGAGCCUUCUGCUGCGAAUGGGACAUUGGAAACCCCGGUGAAGAAAACAGCCAUGGCUCCCAAGCGCACCUCUACUCCGGCCAAGUCACGAGCCAAACGCAAGGUCGAGGAAAUGGAAGAGUCUACUCCCGAGUCGGAGUUGAGUGGUUUGUCUGUGGACCAAGACAGGGUCACCACAAAGACUACCACGACUAGGAGGAGUAGCCGCGUCAAGAAGGUUAAUUAUGCCGAGGAAAGCGCAUAA